UGCAACAAUAGACAACACACAAAAGCAAAGAACAACAAGAACAACCAAAAAGAGCAACAACAACAACAACAUCAAAGAGCAACAAUGUCCGAGAGCAGCGAUAACAAUGGUGACCCCCAAUCGCAGGGUCAAAUGGGGGCCGAGGGUUCCGGGGAGGCUGUGGGCGAAAACAAAAUGAAGUCACGCCUACGCAAAGGAGCCCUCAAGAAGAAGAAUGUCUUCAAUGUGAAGGAUCAUUGCUUUAUAGCCCGAUUCUUCAAGCAGCCAACAUUCUGUUCGCAUUGCAAGGACUUUAUUUGUGGUUAUCAGUCGGGAUAUGCCUGGAUGGGCUUUGGCAAACAAGGAUUUCAAUGUCAAGUUUGCUCUUAUGUGGUGCAUAAGCGUUGCCAUGAAUAUGUCACUUUCAUAUGUCCUGGCAAGGAUAAAGGCAUUGACUCGGACUCACCAAAAACUCAACAUCACUUCGAACCAUUCACAUAUGCAGGACCCACGUUCUGUGAUCAUUGUGGUUCGUUAUUAUAUGGAAUAUACCAUCAGGGUCUCAAAUGUUCAGCUUGUGACAUGAAUGUCCAUGCCCGCUGCAAGGAGAAUGUACCAAGUCUUUGUGGCUGCGAUCAUACCGAACGUCGUGGACGCAUCAAUCUGGAGAUCAAUGUCAAAGAGAAUCUAUUAACUGUCCAAAUUAAGGAGGGUCGCAAUCUCAUACCCAUGGAUCCGAAUGGUCUAAGUGAUCCUUAUGUUAAGGUCAAGCUCAUACCCGAUGACAAAGAUCAAUCCAAGAAGAAGACGCGCACUAUUAAGGCAUGCCUGAAUCCAGUAUGGAACGAAAGCAUUAGCUAUGAUCUCAAACCAGAAGAUAAAGAUCGUCGCAUUUUAAUCGAAGUUUGGGAUUGGGAUCGCACUUCACGUAAUGAUUUUAUGGGUGCUCUAUCCUUUGGCAUUUCGGAGAUCAUUAAGAAUCCAACCAAUGGCUGGUUUAAGCUACUUACCCAGGAGGAGGGUGAAUACUACAAUGUGCCAUGUGCCGAUGACCAACAGGAUUUGCUCAAGCUCAAGCAGAAGCCAUCACAAAAGAAACAAUUGGUAAUGCGCAGUGAUACGAAUACCCAUUCACAGUCCAAAAAGGAUAUGAUCCGAGCCACGGAUUUCAAUUUCAUCAAGGUGCUGGGCAAGGGUUCCUUUGGCAAGGUCCUGCUGGCCGAGCGUAAAGGCAGUGAAGAGUUAUAUGCCAUCAAGAUACUCAAGAAGGAUGUCAUUAUCCAGGAUGAUGAUGUCGAGUGCACUAUGAUUGAGAAACGUGUUCUGGCUCUCGGUGAGAAGCCGCCAUUCCUUGUUCAACUGCAUUCCUGUUUUCAGACAAUGGACCGUCUUUUCUUUGUCAUGGAAUAUGUGAAUGGCGGCGAUUUAAUGUUUCAAAUACAACAAUUUGGUAAAUUUAAAGAACCCGUGGCCGUAUUUUAUGCCGCCGAAAUAGCCGCUGGUCUUUUCUAUUUACAUACCAAGGGUAUACUAUAUCGUGAUUUAAAAUUGGAUAAUGUUUUGCUCGAUGCCGAUGGUCAUGUGAAAAUUGCCGAUUUUGGCAUGUGCAAGGAGAAUAUUGUCGGCGAUAAGACAACUAAAACAUUCUGUGGCACUCCCGAUUAUAUAGCCCCCGAGAUUAUUUUAUAUCAGCCCUAUGGCAAAAGUGUGGAUUGGUGGGCAUAUGGCGUUCUACUCUACGAGAUGCUGGUGGGUCAACCCCCCUUCGAUGGUGAAGAUGAGGAGGAACUCUUUGCAGCCAUAACCGAUCAUAAUGUUUCCUAUCCCAAGAGUCUCAGCAAAGAGGCCAAAGAGGCUUGCAAAGGGUUCCUUACCAAGCAGCCGAACAAACGUUUGGGUUGUGGUCCAACUGGUGAGGAAGAUGUGCGUCUACAUCCAUUUUUCCGGCGCAUCGAUUGGGAGAAAAUUGAAAAUCGUGAAGUUCAGCCACCAUUCAAGCCGAAAAUUAAACACCGCAAAGAUGUGUCAAAUUUCGAUAAGCAAUUCACAUCAGAGAAAACAGACUUGACGCCCACGGAUAAGGUAUUCAUGAUGAAUCUCGAUCAAUCGGAAUUUGUUGGCUUCUCCUAUAUGAAUCCCGAAUAUAUUAUUAGUCCAUAAAUCGAAUCGUAAUGGAGAAAUUUUUUCAUUCAGCGAGUUGUGCAACUGAACUUGUCGUUUAUCCUCGAAAAAAAAGACACUUGUUAAUAAUGCUUUCAAAAACUUCAAGCAAUAAUUAUUUUAUUAUUUUUC